AUGCACUGCCUCCAUUCAUCGAUCUCAUCUCCGGUGAUUAUCUUGGACUUUCAAAAAAAUGAAGAACUAAAUAAGAAAUUUUUAAGUGCUCUUAUAUUAUUUCCUCAUCCAACACUUGGUUCAACAGGUUCACGUCUUCUGGAUGGAAAUUCGGCAUAUGCAGAAUCAUUAGAAUUAUUUCUUGCAAAUUUUCAUAAUGCUGAAAACGCAUUACUAUUUAACUCUGGUUACGAUGCAAAUUUAGGAUUUUUUAGCUGUGUUCCUCAACUGGGUGAUGCUGUAAUUAUCGAUGAAUAUGUACAUGCAAGUAUAUAUGAUGGUCUGAGAAUAUCCAGAGCACUAUUAAUUACAACAUUUAAGCAUAAUUAUGUUGAACAUCUUAAAGUCAAGUUAACAGAA